GACCAACAGCAGCCCUCGUCAGCCCGUCAUGUCCGUGAACAUCACCACCACCCGGCUGACUGUCAGGUGUGCGUCCCAACACGUUCGUGCUGGCACCCCGACAUGCAAGCGCAGGACCUUUUUCAGCUCCAUCUUCAGCGGGCCGUCGACGGUCAAGAGGCGCGCAAGACGUGACGAGGAGAGCCCCGCGCUGCCUACGCCCACGCGCGAGUACCACCCCACGCCUAUACCCCACGAAAAGUUGAUCCACAGUCCCGCCAACGCCGGCCAGGUCGAUGCAUAUCCUGUAAAAACUAUCGCCGUGAGCAUAGAGGAGAACCUACGCACAUUCGAUACCGUAUUUCUGCGUGACAGCUGCACGUGCCCAAGAUGCGUGGAUCCAGACAGCAAACAGAAGCUCUUCCAAACCUCCGACAUCCCGCAAGAGAUAGAGGGGAAAGCGCGGACGGUGCAGGAUGAGAAAAAGGGCUGGGUAGUCGAAGUGGAGUGGCAGAACGACGUGCCUGGUUAUGGCCCGGACCACCGCACAACGCACUCCAUCGACUGGCUCCGGCGAGCCCUGAACACAGAAGUAGAACUCCGAGGCGGCGUGCGGUACGACGACCGAGUCCUCUGGGACCGAGACACAAUCACCAAAAACAACAAAUGGAUCGAUUACGCCGACUGGAUGUCGCAAGACACCGUCCUCUUCGACGCCCUCACCCACCUCAACAAAUACGGCCUCCUCUUCCUGAAAAAUGUACCCGAGUCCGAAACCUCCGUCGUCUCCAUCGCUUCCCGCGUCGGCACGCUCAAAGACACCUUCUACGGCCGCACCUGGGACGUUCGCUCCAAGCCCAAAGCCGAAAACAUCGCCUACACGCCCCAGUUCCUGGGUCUGCACAUGGACCUGCUGUACACUUCGAACCCACCACAUCUCCAGCUCCUGCACUCCCUGCGCGCCCGCACGCCCGGCGGCGAGUCCUUCUUCAGCGACGCUUUCCACGCCGCGGCCAAGCUGAACGAGCAGAGCAAGACGCAUUUCAGGGCGCUCUGCACGUUCCCGGUGACGUAUCACUACCACCAUGCGGAGCACCACUACCACUACACCCGCCCGACCAUCGAGCUGCAUCCCUACCCCAAGUACAGCGAGCCCACGAAUCUCGCGCUGCACCGCGUAAACUGGAGUCCGCCGUUCCAGGGUCCGUUUGAGGCGCGCAUUGGCGGCGAGAGCCAGACGGCGCUGCGGAAUUACCUUGCUGCGGCUAAUGCGUAUGAGAAGCUUCUGAGUCAAGAGGAGAACUUGUUUGAGUACAGGCUGAAAGAGGGAGAGUGUGUGAUCUUUGAUAAUAGGAGGGUGUUGCAUGCAAGGAGGGCGUUUGAUGCGACCAAGGGCGAGAGGUGGUUGAAGGGAGCGUAUGUGGAUGACGAUGUUUUUUUCUCCCGGUUGAGGGUGUUGGAGGAGAGGCUGGAGGGGAGGUGGGUUGCGGAUGGGGUUGUGAGGCCUGUGGUCUAGCGGAUGCACGUGUCUUUGACGUUUUUGGGUGGGAAAGGCUGUGUUGCAUAGUGGACGGAACAUGGGUCAGCAUCGUUUUGCAUAGUAGCAGCGUAUUGAAUAGAC